GUUCAGCUCUCUGACCGGCGAACAGCCUUCAUCAGUACCAGCAGCAGCCGCAGGCAGACUCCCGGAGCCCCGCCGGUCCGUUCCGUUCCGUUCAGUGGCACACAGCGAGUCCCAGCAUGAAACAGGUUCUGAGCGAGCUGAGGAGGACGAGCCGGAUCUGCCGAAUGGUUCUGGCUACUUGUUUGGGAUCUUUUAUUCUGGUCACCUUUUAUUUCCAAAGUAUGUUUCAACCAGUCAUGAGGAGGAACCCUUUAAUGGUGGAUGAAAGCUUUAGGAAAGGCUCCCGCAACGCCCUCCAAGAGCUCUACAACCCCUCACAGUUGGACCUGUCAACAGCUGCUGUCCUCCACCAGUCCAGGAGGGAUCAAGUUCUGGAUGCCUGCAGCGUCUAUAGUGCCUCCAGUCGAAAGCGGAGAGUACUGACACCUGGAGACCUUAAACACCUGGUGGUGGAUGACGACCAUGAGCUUAUCUACUGUUACGUCCCAAAGGUGGCCUGCACUAACUGGAAGAGGGUCAUGAUGGUGCUAACAGGUCGAGGGAAAUACAGUGACCCAAUGGAAAUCCCUUCAAAUGAAGCCCAUGUUCCUUCAAACCUGAAAACAUUAAAUCAGUACACCAUUGCUGAGAUCAACCACCGUCUCAAGAACUAUUUUAAGUUCUUCUUCGUUCGCGAGCCCUUUGAGAGGCUGGUCUCUGCGUACCGCAAUAAGUUCACCCUGAAGUACAACUCGUCCUUCCACAAGCGCUUCGGCACCCGCAUCAUUAAGCGUUACCGCAAGAAUGCCAUGCAGGAGGCCAUGCUCAACGGUGACGACGUCAAAUUCAAAGAAUUUGUUGAGUACCUGAUUGAUCCGGCCACACAGCGGGAUGGGCCUCUUAAUGAACACUGGCAGACGGUCUACCAGCUUUGUCACCCAUGUCACAUUCAUUACGACAUGGUGGGCAAGUAUGAGACUCUCGAGGAGGAUGCAAACUACGUGUUGCGGCUGGUAGGUGUUGGUGACUCCCUGCGCUUCCCGAGUUAUGCCAAGUCCACGCGUACCACAGAUACCAUGACUGCUCAGUUCUUCAGCAAUAUCAGCUCUCAGCAGCAGGUCCAACUCUACAAUCUUUACAAGAUGGACUUCCUCAUGUUUAACUACUCUUUACCUGGCUAUCUGCGGCUGGACCAGUAAACACCAGAGCUGGGAGCCUGAGAACAGCCAUCAUGUUUACAGAGGCAACAAAAAGAGCAAAGUUCAAAGUUUUGAAAGCCAACUUGAUUUUAAAAACUGUYGUCGUACGUUGUGUAGUCCUGAAAGAGUAAGGCCAUGUGUGAUUGUCUCGACGUAAGUUGAAGAAGUUUAGGGGGAAAUGUUGGCUUAAAGGAACAAACACAUGCAAAAACUGGAUUGUGUGUGAAGCAGGUCUUCAAGGUGUUUAAAAAAACAGGAGCUUACCUUCAAAAGACAGACUUAAAGCAGGGUUCUGUUAAUGUUCUCUACUGGUUUUAAACUGCUGACAAAUUAGGCUGCUUCAGAUUCUGCAAAACCAGCAGCAGCCUCAUGUGCACCCUGACCCCCAAUGCAUUGUGGGAGCCAAGCUUAUCUCCCCUUGCUUUGAUCAAUAGAGAAAUCCUUUCAAAUUGUAAACCAGUCCUUGUCCUUGCUGCACUAUUACCCCCUAGUACCCAUUAACCGUGAUAACAUUAGAUUUACGUCAGCAGGACUUUGGGCCCCUCCAAAUGUUGGCUCUUCAUUUCCCCUUUCAACAACGCUCCAUGUGUAAAUAUUGKUGUAUUUUUCAGCAAACCGUUUUCUACAUUAUGAAAUAUUUUGUAAACCUUUUUGAGCUGCAAGACAGAAAAGAAUGCAUUGCGUUUGUGUAGUUAGGUGUUUGUGCGAAGCUGAAAGAAAGGAGAGCCUACAGGGUUGUGGAACGAUGAAAGUCACUGGAUGACGGCCACCGUGCCCCUCAUAGGGGCUCAGGAGACACGAGCAGGACUACAACCGCAAGGCACCAAAAUCAACUCUCAAACAUGUUUUUCCAGUAAAUUAAGGUUAUCUUUUGGCAUUUGUCUUUUUUUUUUCUUAUAAGCAUUGCUGCAAGCAGCAAAAGCGWAAUAUUAUUUAAUUUGCUGAGUUAGUAUUUAGUUGUUCUGGACUGGUUUGUAAAAUUUUUGUUUCGUCGUCUUCAUUGUUUCUGUCUGGCUCAGUUUUACAUUGCCUAGAAAAGUAUUCACCCCCUUGGAUGUUUUCUGCUAAUAUUGCCGUCAUAAAUCRUUUUAGAGGGGGUGAAUAUUUACUUAGUCACUUAUUUUACAUUACAGAUUUUUAUUUAAUUUGUAUUACUGUGUUGUCAUUGAUUUUGCUUUGCUCUUUUAAUUUAUUAUUAUUAUU